CUAUUUGACAGUCAUAACUGCCUUGAUCUUAACUUUUAUAUUUAUUUAACAGUAAAUACCGAAAACAGGAGGGAAAGUCGAGGGAAUUGAAUUGCAAGAAGGGACAAUGCAAUCCACUAGCCUUUUUCUGGCUGUGAUUUUCCUUUUAAGCUUGGCCCAAAUCGAUGGCCUCCUGCGCCGCUGCUACCAGUGCCGAUCCCGCGGGGAGUUGGGCAGCUGCAAGGACCCGUUCAGCUUCAAUGCCACGGAUGUGGAGCAGGAGCCGGGCCUGGCGGCCAUUCCCUGCGCCAGCGGCUGGUGCGGCAAGGUGAUCGAGGGCGGCGGCACCUAUGCCAUCGACGACUACGACCUGGCCAUCCAGCGGAUGUGCGUGCAGCGCGGUCCGGAUGACAACAUGGACCGCUGUGCGGACACCAUCUACAACUACAAGAAGGUCUACAUGUGCUUCUGCCAGGGCGACCUGUGCAACGGGGCGAGGAGCUGGUCCAAUCCACCUCCGAUCCUUCUGAUCCUAACCCUGCCCCUGCUCGCCUCGAUGCUCCAGCGGAUCCGGGCCUAGACUGGUUUUGUACUCUCAGCCUGCAAUGUAUAUACAUUUUUUAAUACUCACACUCACUGCCAAAAUAAUAAAAAUAAUUCAAAAUAUAAAAUAACAAAUCCCCAUUUAAUAGAUGAUAUUGGGAUAUUCCACUUC